GCGGGGUCAGCGUGUACUCUUACCACUCUGAUUGGUCACAGCUCGUGACACUCAGAGGUUAAAUUGCAUGUAAUUGGUCUGCGGAGUUCCCCCACUUCUCAACUUUACAGUGGCCAUCUGGGAGUCGGGUCCGACUCUGGGGCAGCUGUCGUGUGGCGCACUUGUCCAAAUUUGUCCGGUGUCGAAAAGCAGACAUACCGGAGGGACUCAUCGGCGCGGUUUCACAGCUCUUCCCGGUGGAAGUUUGUCACAGGCGAUAACUGAGCCGGAUAAUUACUGAACUGAAACUUUUUCCACCUCAGGAAACACUUUGGGAAGAAAAAGAAAAAUGGCAGACAGCGAGGAGCAGCAAGUCUCUUCCACCACUCCUCUAUUCAACGAGGAGGUGCAUCACUACCAGGCCGAGCCGGACCAGCCCAAACAAGACCUAUUCAGCGUAGACGAUAUUGUGGACUUGGUCGGCGGGGCUCAGGACGCCUUGGAGAGGCACAUUGCGGAAGACAGUGCGCCACACGAGGUCACAGAAACUUCCUUCGCUCCCCCAGAGGCGCCGGUAACAUUACUGGAGCCAGAACCGGUGUCAAUGCCAGAGGUAAAGGAACCUGAGCCUGAGCCUGAGAAGGUGAUCCCGGACUCCACCAGCUCUUUUGUUCCUGAGACCCCUUUAGUUGCAGAGGAUCCAGAAGUCGUCGCCCCUAAAGCCGAACCGGAGAUCACAAACAUCAUACCGGAGCCACAGGCUGCCCCCGAGCCCAAACCUGCCCCGGAGAGCGACGCCCUCCCAGUGGCUGAACCCCGGAAAGCAUCCCCAGCCCCCGCAGAGGCAGCAGAGCGACCUGCGGUGACGGAGGAACCACCGGCUCCUGCAUCUUAUGUACCUUCUCCUUCUAAAGCUCAACCUCAUCCUCUGAUGCAAUUCCCCACAGAGCCCUGGGAUUCACCAUUCCUAACAUCUCAAGACAACUCCAAGGUCUCCAUGGAUAGCUUCUCCAAGGACACGGCCCCCAUUAGCUCUUCCAAGUAUGAGCCAGACCUGCACGGCAACCAGUCUGAUGAAGAUGAUGACUUGAUGUACGAAGUGAAGAAGAAUAAUAACCCAUUUGAAGGCUAUUCCCCACUGGCGGAUAGUGGCUACUCUCAUUUUGGAGACUCCAAGUCUGACAGCAGAGCCUCUAAAAUGUCAGAGAGUCCCACUCCAGAUCUGGUCCAGUACGGGCAGACUGGAGAAUCUCUGGAUAGCCCACCAUCUUUCUUAGACGAGGGGAAAUCAUUUGAGAUGGGCAAGAUGGCUCCUGACUCGCUCAUGCAGUCAGUGAAUCAGUUCUCAUCUGGUCUUAAAGAUGAUGAUGAAGGGGAAGAGGAGGAUUCUACUCUUCCGCCAUCGCUUCCAGACAUCCUUAAGUCUUCCCCACUCAACCCUGAAAAAAUCGACUCUGGCUCUUCAGAGGGAAGCCCAGAGGAGCAGAGUCCCAUCCUAGAGCGGAGGAUGAUGGAGUCUCCCAACCCUCCAAUUAAUCUGUCUGCUAACAACCCGUUUGCUUUUGAUGCUAAAGUGUCCCUUCUGAAGGAGAUGGCUGAGGAGAUGGAGGUGAGAGCUGCAGACAAAACAAAAGUUGAAGAUGACAAAAGCUUUGGCGCAUUCGAUCUUGUUAAAGAGGCAGAGGAAACGACCCCAGCUAAGGUCAAAGAGGAGGAACCUGUCAAAAUUGAGCAGAAAGAUUGGUUCUCAAGCCAUGAUUCUCCCAAAAUGACCGAAAAGUUUGAGCCACUUGACUUCCAGAGCAAAAAGACCCCCGCUGAGGAUUCAGAUUCAGAGUCACCAACUGCAGACUCUCUGUCUCCAGUCCUGGAAGCUAUGGCCAAAAAUCCUGCUAGCUUCCAGGUGGAAACUGAGAAGAGGGAUCUAAAGAUGGAGGUGGAGGAGCCAGAGGUGGCUGAGGAGGUCUCUGAGCAUGAAGUGUCCUCUGAGGAGUUUGAGUUCAUUGAGCGACCACCCAGGGGCGUUAUUGAUGAGUUCCUUGAGGCUCUGGAUACUUCCAAGUUUGCCUCCUCCAAGGCCCCAGAAAUCCCCAUGGAUGAUGAUCUGAGCUUUGGUCUGAAAGAUGUAACUCCAGUUUCAGCCCCUCCUCCAACAAAAGUAGCCCCACCCCCAGAGGUUGAAGAAGAAGCUCCAAGUCAGGGCUCCUACCGCCUCCUUACCCAAGCCUCCCCUCAGAAGAGCAAGGCUGAACUUGAGAAGCUCGACAUCCAGCAGCCCCCACUCCAGGCUCCGCUCACUCAUUCCCCUGUCGGUAAACCAGAGGAGCCAGUCGCCAAGAAGAGUGUGGAGGGCAGCAAACUGUUUAAGAUGCCAAACCUGAACAUAAGAGCAGUGGUGGAUCUCCUCUACUGGCGUGAUGUGAAGACCACGGGCGUGGUGUUUGGCGCCGCCCUGCUGCUGCUCCUCUCCCUGACGGUGUGCAGCAUCGUGAGCGUCUGCUCCUACAUCGGCCUGGCUCUGCUCUCAGUCACCAUCUGCUUCAGGAUAUACAAAGGCAUCCUGCAGGCCAUCCAGAAGUCAGAUGAGGGACACCCAUUCAAGCUGUACCUGGACCAGGAGGUGGCUCUGUCUGAGGACAUGGUCCACAAGUACAGUGACAUGGUUCUGGCCAAACUCAACAAGAUCAUCGCUGAGCUAAGGCGCCUGUUCCUGGUCGAGGACCUGGUCGACUCCAUCAAGUUUGCUGUGUUGAUGUGGAUCCUGACCUACGUCGGUGCCUUGUUCAACGGGCUCACUCUUCUUAUUCUGUGUCUGAUUGGAGCGUUCAGCUGCCCGAUCGUCUAUGAGAAACACCAGGCUCAGAUCGACCACUACCUGGCUCUGGUCAACAACCAGAUCAAAGACGUCGUUGGAAAGAUCCAGGCGAAGGUGCCCGGGAUGAAGCGCAAAACAGAGUGAAGUAACGACAAGUCGCAGUUUGGAUUCAGGAAGUCCUGAGAGGAAGAUGGUUUGGUGGGCAGGUGGGGGUGUUUUGGCGAGGGAGGGGGAGGGUGGGACGUAUAUGAAGGAAGGCAGGAGGAGGAGAGGAGGGGUCUGGCGAGGACGCAGCCCUUCUAACUUUAUUUGUCAAAAUAAUAAAAACACUUCUUUCCGGUUCAGAAUUCCUUUUUUUUUUUUUUGUUUGUUUUUUUUGUGUGUUUUCUGGAAAAGUCGAGGCAGAGUCACGACGCAGAGUCCAGCUCGAUGAUAUUUACAUCUCCCCUCCUUUUUUUAUUAUCACUGAAAUCAAGCUUUGAAAUGUUUGUUUCUGUGAGAUGUUAAAAUUCAUAGAAACACAUUUUAAAACGUUGAACGAACCCUCUCUCCCCACCCAGGGCAUUGUGGGAGGUCAGACGCUCCUUCAGCUGAAGAGUGUGGAUGGUCUUUUGUGAUCUAGAUUUUUCUUUUUCUUUCCCUGCCCGCAGUCGAGCCGAGCAGAGACAAGAGCGAGCAGCAGACAGCACCUCAUUCGUAUUUCUCUUUUCUUUUUUUUUUUUUUUCUUUUUUUUUUCUUUUUUUGGUAUGAAUAUUCUCGCUGAGUUAGAAGUAUUUUGUGAUUUUACUGUUGUGUCCCUCAAGCUUCGAGCUCGUGUCCUCAGUGACCUUCUGCGUGGUUUGGCCUCAAUGUGACGAACGACGGAUUUGUGAACGACGUCUUUUACUCCUGAUGAGGCAGUUGGGGGUGGGGGGGUGGGAGGGGUUGUAUUACCAUUUAAAAAAACAAAACAAAAAAAAAAACUUCAUUGCUUCUGAGUAACUUUAGCUAGGAACAUCUAGAAAACCUUUGCCAGACAAACAAAACACAUUAAUUACACAAAAGAUAUUUCCAUGUCAUUGCAGUUGUCUAAUAAUGAAAAACUCUGGAAGGAACACGUUUACAUUCAUCCACAUCAGAAAAAAUAUUUAAAAACGGAAAAAAAAAGAAGAAAAAAAAAAGAAAUGGGAGUUAAAGAAAAAAAUAAAUAACCAUACUGUCUGUGGAGCCGAUAUCUUAAUAAAGUUGCAACUUGAUGUGACUUUGGGAAACCUUCAAGCAUUUGUUUGUUAUGCAAGUAUAAUUGUGAAUGAUAAACUUCAUACUUCAAUUGUGACGAUAAAAAGCUUCCAGCCGGGAGCCGUGUUUGUGGAAUGCAUUGUGAGAUGUAAACAAUUAUCAAUAAAGCUUCUAGACGAAGAGA